UCGCUUAACAAUGCGUUGAGUUGUGGUAUUCGAGCUGUACUCGGCUUCCUGUCCUCCUGUGCUGCGCAGGAUGCUUCAGUCUCAUUCUCCGUCUGCACUGCUGAGCUCAAGGGGCGUCUGGAGGGGGCAAAGGGCAUCCUGGGAGUUCCUCUGACAUCUAGCCCUCCGUUAACCCUCUUACGGGACAUUUUAUGGAUUCACAAGGGACAGCGCCUCUUCUCUCAGCCCACCCUAAGCUUUAAAAGCAUCUCCUUGUAAAAGCGCAGCAGAAGAUGGCUACGACGCUGCAUGAAUUCACGCAGGUUCUGGAUCGUAAAAUGUUCCCCAGAGUGCUUCAGAUCCAGUCAGGAAUAUAUUAUCAAGGAUGCGUGUAUGAGAUGUUUGGAAGAGAGUGCUCUUUUUCAACGGGAGAUUUGCUGAAAGUCAUUGAUUUCACCAUCACCAGAUUCACUGCUCAGACCUCCAGCAACACUGAGAUUGAGAUUCCUGUAGAAUUCCCAGGUUUGUUCAAACUGGUGGCUGACAGUCAGCCGUACCGAAGCAUACAAGAGAUAGCAGACUCGCUCAAGAUCAGCUCCCACAGACUGUCCCAGCCCGUUUUCCUCAGCGGUUUGGAAAUUCAGCUGGCACAGGGUGUCGUCAGGAAGGGAGACAGCUUCAGAAUCACCUCCGUCACCAACGAGCUCAACGGUGGACGUGUGCAAUGUGAGCUGCUACACAGAGAGCCCAAGAUCUGCUUCAGCCUGAGCUUCUCCCAGCAAGGACACUUCACAGAGUGCCAGGACAACCAGUUUUACACCCUGAAAGAGAUAGCGGAGUGGAAAAUCUCCAAAGGCAGAAAGAGGAUUGUAACGGAGGUCAAAACUCUACCCAAGAAGGACUUCUUAUUCUCGAAUUUGCUGGCGAAUGUGUCUGGGGAGCUGAAGCUGAGCCCUGUGUAUGAACUAAAGGCUGUUACACGACUCAGUGACAAGAUUAUUCUUGUCCCAUCAAAUCUGGACGUGGAGGUGGUGGAUGUCACUGAGCAGUUUGACUGUGACUCCUUUGUGCAGCCUCUCUCUCUUAUGGAUGUUUUCAAGAGUCCUCCAGAGUUUUUUCCUGUGGUGGCCAAGUUGUCAUGUGAAAGACCUUUUAAGCUUUCGCCAGAGCUGGAAAUGCUUUUCAGUUCCAACCAGGUGAUCAUUCAUCGCGCUUUCUAUGCAAAACGAAUACUGGCCUCGGAAAUGGGCCGUGAAUCCACAAGACACUUUCUUAUUCCAGAGUCCUACAAUGGACGCUUCAAGCGCCGGCCGCGGCAGUUCCCCACCGCCUACGACCUGGAGCGCGCGCGCAGCGAGACCGAGCACAUACGUGUGGUCGCCACCAGGGAGUUUGAGUCUGUGUACAACGGACUCACUUCUGUUUAUGCUGGAGAUGAGUUCAUAGUGACGAAAGGCAAAAGCUGUGUGCUUUCACACAAUGGGACCAAGAGGACAGCUGAUGCUUUUCAAUGUCUGAAAGUUACAGAGAAAAGCCAAAAGACGGAGGUGAAGGAGUCUGUGCGCCUCCCAAUGUGUUUAGAGGGGGGGUUCAUGGAGCUGGUUAAAGACAAGCGUCAAUACACCAUUACGGAAAUAUGCCGAUGGUUUCCGCUGCCCUUCAACGUCAAUGUGUCAGUGCGUGACCUCUCUUUGAAGGUGGACGUUUUGGCUGGAGCACCUGGUCUGCACAUUGAGGAAGAGAUCUCUGAUCCUUGCCUCCUCAUUUCAAACACUGAGCUCUCAGAGUUCAGAGAGGUGCCAGUCAAUCGCACAGACUUGAUUCUCAACAUAAAACAGCGCUGGGAUGGCGAGAAUCCAAUAAGUAGUGGAAAUUCAGCCAUUGAGGAGAUCUCAGAGGACUGUUACUACACACUCAGGAGGUACGCCGUAUCUACUAUCACACCCCCUCCACGGCCUCCCAAAAAACCCAAAGCCCCUCCACCACGACCCCCCAAAAUGCUGUCAUCCAGAUCUGAGAGCGCAAACAGUGAGAGCUCCAGCUGCUCUCCACAGAGUCAUUGUGUUGAACCUUUCAAGCGAGAUGACUUCAUGCAAUGCAGUGACUCAAAAAAUGGAAACAACAAAAAGAUUCCCAUUAGUCCAGUCCUUUUCCCAAAGCCUACCCUGCAGAAAGCGUUUGAUUCCCCCUCAGAUCUUCCCAAGGGCCGAAGUCUGGAAAACAUAUCCAUCACAAAACUCGAAGAUGACGACAGUGAUGUCCAUGAUUAUGAAUACAUAAAUGAAGAUCAGCUUGACGGUAUAAGGAGGACAUUCAGUGAGCAAAACAUUAACAUGGGCAAAGGAAAACCGAGUAACACAAUAUAAGUAACACAACAUGGUUCAACACACACAGAGUUCACUAGGGCUGUGUUCCAAACCCACUUGCUUCAAUUUCACAUGACGUGACUGACAUGGCCAAAGUCUAUUUAAUAAGCACAUUACUAUAAAUCUGAUGGAAUGCAAAUAAUUUAUUAGCUUAAGGUCUUUCAUGUUUUUAAAUCCCAGUUCAGAACUGUAUUAUUAGCCCUGGAGGAGAACCGAGAUAUGAGAUCCAAAUCUGUGCUUUUUGGAAAUGCUUCUCUUAAUGGGAUUAAUGCCACGCUUGGAGUCAACAGGAUAAAGUAGAUUAGUUCAGCAUCAUCUUUGCUUGGUCGGUUGAUGGUCUGACCCUGUUUUCAUGCAGGUUACUCAUCCAAAUCCUUUCCCUGAAUCUGUGAUAAGAGCCAUUGUAUAUUAUGGUGCUUGUAUUAACUGUAUACUGUUUGUUAUGAAAUGCUAAUAAGUAUAGUCUGGUGAAGCACACAGUACGUAAUCUUCCAAUUUUAGAUGUCAUAUUUAUACAUAUAUUCACUGCCUACCAUACAUGACAAAUAUUUCCCGUCGACACAUUAUUCAAUAAAAAGAAAGUCACAUUCAUUUCAGCGGCCAGAACCUGUAGAUCUGUGUGGCCACUUCUUUAAAAGCAGAUUUUUAAAAGAAGAACUUCAAAAGAAAAAAACGUUUUAUUUUGAGGUAUAUAGUUGUGUAUCACCAGAGAAGCAAUUGGUACUUAAAAAAUCUCAACAGGGUUGUAGACUGAAUGAUAAAAUCACAUCCAAGGCAGGCAAAUACACAUCACUGUACAGAUGGCAAAAGCUCAGUUUAGCAUGGUUAAUGUAGUGUUAAUGUAUUACAAUGAAUUUUAUGAAACGCCACCACCCUGUCCACGUGGUUUAUGAUGGGAAUUAAAAUUGAAUUCAAACUGUUCAAAUGUAUCGCCAAUGGACAAAAAUGCAAUGACAACAAAGCUGUUUCUGUAGCCAAGUCUCUGCGAGCACCCGUGUCUCUCCAGGCUGCAGCUGCGCUUGGGGAGAAUGGUUUGCGGAUCAUGCACGCUCAGAAAAGAUACAAAUAAAUGUACAAAAGCUGUCGCUGGAGUAGUGACUUUUCAAGAGGUCCACUUUUAUACCUUAUUUAUUAAAUGGUGCUUAUUAGUACCUGAAGUACCGUUUAAAAGGGUACCGCCACAGUGACAGCUGUUUUUAUUAAGUAAUGCUUUCAGAGGAAUCAUUCGUUUUUGUUAACUUAAAGAUAUAUUUAUCUCAGACCUAAAAAAGGCACAGUCUUUCUGUACAGUGUUGUUAUAUAUCAUAGAAUUGAAAGUGGGUGUAUUUUUUUACAUUAUUUUGUGGAGAAAGGAACCACAUUUUCUGGUGUAUUUUGAAUAAAGGAGAAAGGCGCCAUGUUUGAU